AUGUCAGUUGAUAAGAUGUCUAUUAAAAUACCGUCAGACGUUAAUGAUACUUUUGAUAUUUUUAGUAUUAGUAAUACUUUUGAUGUUUCUAGUGCUAGCAGUUAUAGUACUAGUGGUACUCCCAGUUGA